UAGGGAGCCGUAAGUGCGCCUGCGCGCUGUGGGGGAGGCGGGCGACGCGGGGCCUGGAGCAGCGUCGGCGGUUAACGACAGAGACACGAACAGCCGUGAGGUCCUCAACGAGAAGGCGCUGAGGGGAGCGGCGCGGAGAGCGGAGCGGAGGGGCGGAGGCUUCACAGCGAGGGGCCGGUCUGGGCCUGUCUGUGCCGCCGGUCACCCGGAGGCCCGGAGAAGCCUCGGCUCCGCGUUUAGGCACAGCCCCGGCACAGAGAGCGCGAGAGAGAGGCGCCAUGGCCUCCAGCAACUACACCUGCCUGAGCCGCGCUCAGCUGACCUUCGAGUACUUGCACACCAACUCAACGACCCAUGAAUUCCUGUUUGGAGCCUUGGCAGAGUUGGUGGACAAUGCCAGGGAUGCAGCUGCUACCAGAAUGGACAUUUACACAGUGAGGAACGAGGAUUUGCGGGGAGCGUUCAUGUUGUAUUUUCUGGACGAUGGAGACGGGAUGGAUUCAUUCGAGGCUGCCAGUGUGAUCCAAUUCGGAAAAUCUGCCAAGAGAGCCCCUGAAUCCACGCAGAUUGGACAAUACGGAAACGGGCUCAAAUCCGGCUCGAUGCGGAUUGGGAAAGACUUCAUUCUGUUCACAAAGAAAGAGGACACCAUGAGCUGCGUUUUCCUUUCACGAACAUUCCAUGAGGAGGAAGGGAUCGAUGAGGUGAUCGUUCCACUUCCAACAUGGAAUUCCAAAACCCGUGAGCCCAUGACUGACAACCCAGAGAAGUUUGCUAUCGAGACGGAGCUGAUCUACAAAUAUUCCCCGUUCAAAUCAGUGUCCGCUGUGAUGGAGCAAUUUGAUAAAAUUAAAGAGCGUAGCGGGACCCUGGUGAUUGUAUAUAACCUGAAGCUGAUGGACAAUGGGGAGCCAGAACUUGAUGUCACCUCUGAUCCUACUGACAUACUGAUGGCGGAGCUCAACUCGAAGGGAAAGCCAGAGAGACGCUCCUUCAGGGCAUACACUGCUGUCCUGUACAUCGACCCACGGAUGAGAAUUUUCAUCCAGGGUCACAAAGUCCGGACAAAACGACUAUCGUGCUGUUUGUAUAAACCCAGAAUGUACAAGUAUACGUCGAACCGGUUUAAAACCCGUGCGGAACAGGAGGUAAAGAAAGCGGAGCAUCUGAUGAAAGUUGCCGAGGAGAAGGCCCGUGAGGAGGAGAGCAAGGCCCGAGCCCUGGUGGCCAAAAUGGGAGGAGACCUGAGCAGGGAAGCACGGGUCCACCUCCGACAGGUACAGGACUCGGCGUUUAACCUGCACAGGGAGGCCGAGGUGAAGAAAUGCUUGUACGAGGCGAAGCUCAGGGCUUUGAAGGAGCCGAAGGAGAUGAGCUUUAUUUUCGGCGUGAGCAUUGAGCAGCGAGACCUGGACGGGAUGUUCAUCUAUAACUGCAGCCGUCUGAUUAAGAUGUACGAGAAGGUUGGACCACAGCUAGAAGGAGGAAUUUCGUGUGGUGGUGUUGUGGGUGUGGUAGACAUCCCCUACCUGGUGCUGGAGCCCACCCACAACAAACAGGACUUUGCCGACGCUAAGGAAUAUCGGCAUUUACUGAAGUCCAUGGGUGAGCACCUUGUGCAGUAUUGGAAGGACAUUGGCAUCGCACAGAAGGGGAUCGUGAAGUUCUGGGAUGAAUUCGGCUACUUGUCGGCCAACUGGAACCAGCCGCCCUCCCACGAGGUGCUUUACAAGCGGCGGCGAGCCAUGGAGAUCCCCACCACCAUCCAGUGCGAUAAGUGUUUGAAGUGGCGGACGCUUCCUUACCGGGUGGACGACGUGGGGAAGGAGUACGCGGACAACUGGAACUGCUCCGUGAAUCCCGACCAUAUGCAGAACCGGUGUGAAGCACCAGAACAAAAGCAAAAUGUCCCAGUGGGGUUACUGCGGAGAGAUGUCAAAUCACACGAGGAGAAAAUCCGGGCGCAAGAGAAGAAGCUGGAGGCACUGAAGAAAAACAUCCCCGUCUUAUCCCAGGCAGACAUCAAGAAGCUACCAUUGGAAGUCAGGAGUCGUCCUUUGUCAGAGGACCAGUCAUCUCCUGGUAGCAGCCACCGACCCCGCUCGCCUCCUUUAGCCGACAUCAUCAAAAACGCCCCGAGCCAGCCUCCAUCAAAAGCCCAGGGCUUGCUGCGUAAAGCCUCGGCAACCAGAUCCACCAGCAAGGUCGAGUCCUCUCAUACGAGCAUUAGCAGUAAGAGAGCGGUCGCCACCCCUGGAAGAGCCCAGCACCGGCCCUCGGCCUCUAUAAAACAAAAUGUUGUCUCUUCCAGGACUGCGGCCCAGCCUUGCACCUCCACGAGGCACUCUGCCCCCAUGUCAACAAGUACAAAGAAUUCACCCAUUAAAGGAGCAAAGACUCCACAACACAGAAAGGAGACACCCACUCGGACAGCCCAGUCCGCAGGAAUGCGAAAGAGAAAUGUGACAGUAGAGAGCAGCGAGGAGGAUGAGGAAGAGGAGAGGCCGAGGGUCUCUGCAAAGGUGUGCGAGUCAAAGCGGCUGAAGAAGGAGAUCGCUGAUGUUGUAGAGAUUUCUGACAGUGGAGGCGAAGUGGAGGAAGAGACCGGGGCUCUGAAAGACCGGGGUCUCCUGGUGGAGGUGAAGGUGAACAAGGAGUGGUACACGGGCCGGGUGACCGCAGUGGCCGCCAGCAAGCAGCUAGUGCGGUGGAAAGUCAAGUUCGAUUACGUGCCAACGGCGACGACUCCGCGAGACAGAUGGGUUGAGAAGGGCAGCGCGGACGUGAGGCUGAUGAAGCCGGCGUCCCCGGAGUACCAGAGCCCGGACACGCUGGGGGGGGAGGAGGAGGACAACGCAGCGGAAACCGGAUCCACUUCGGACAGCGCCAGGAUGGAGCCCGACACCACACAGCCGGCCACCAGCAAGGAGACCGUGGACUCCCUCGUCGUCAGCCUCCGAAACACUCUGCGGUAUUUUCUGCCCCCGAACUACCGGAUAUCGAAGGAGGAGCUGAGCUUGAUGACUCCGGAGGAGCUGGCAUCGUUCCCUUUGAAGGAUUAUUUUGAGCAGUACGAGGAGGGGCUGAAGAGCCUGUGCAGCGCCUACCAGAGCCGGGCCGAGGAGAGGGUGCGGGCGGCCGAGAAGAAGCUGCAGGAGAAUGACGCCGAGCUGAGCGACGCCCAGGACAAGCUGUGCAAGCUGAGGAACAACAUCGUGGAGCUGCUGCGCAAGGUUCAGGAGGAUAUCGAAAUUAACACAGACGACGAACUCGACGCAUAUAUCGAGGAACUCAUCACUAAAGUGGACUGAUCAGCAACCCGGCAGAGUGUGUUUUUUCUGUCUGUCUCUUUCUCUCUCACACUCACUCACUCACUCACUCUCUCUCGGGUGAGAACUGACUGGAACCAGUCGCAGUGUUUGUUUGUUUUUUUAAACACAAAAAUUAUGUAACUUCAUUCUGGGGCUUUAGGUUUUACACCUUUGUUCAAUUGUCCUGAAUUUUUGUAUUAUAUUUAUUAAAAAUACAACUGUACCACC